AUGCUUAUGGACAUGGCGGGUCCAAGAUGGAAGAAGGGCAAAGAUGGCAAGGACUUUGCAGCUCUGGCAGCAGCUCACCCCAUGUCAAGCAUUGUUGCUGAGCUCCAGUCCUCGCUGAAAGGCUCGAAACUUGUGGCAACUUUAUCUUGUCGGGGCAGGGAUGCGACCCUCGGUGUGAAUCUGCAGCAAGCUGCACUUCUUAACCGUGCGGCCUUUGGCCGGGCGCUGGAUAAUGCCGAAGCAGAGAAACAGUGGUUCCAGCUGGGGGCUGAGGAGGUCUUCUAUCUUUACCAUGGUUUGAAGUGCAUCUCAGUGUCAGAGAGCAAGAAGCUGUUGAGCGAAGGGGAGCUGUGGGAUCACUUAUGCUCUGCAUCGGAGUCAUUUCCCGAGAUGUACAAGGCAUACUCGCAUCUCAGAUCGAAGAACUGGGUGGUGCGGUCAGGUUUGCAGUAUGGUGCAGAUUUUGUAGCUUACCGUCAUCACCCAGCACUCGUCCACUCAGAGUUUGCUGUGGUUGUUGUUCCAGAAGGAGCGGAGUUCGGCGGUAGGUGUGGCCGCCUGAAUGUGUGGUCUGAUCUACUGUGUGCACUCCGAGCUUCUGGCAGUGUGGCCAAGGCACUGCUGGUUCUAACCAUCUCCAGCAGUAAUUGUGGAUUGAGCUCCCCAGAUUGUUUAGAACAACUGGUUGUUCAUGAGAGAACAAUUACUAGGUGGAUAGCGCAGCAGUGCCGUGAGCAGCGAAGUGAACUGUGCAGAGAAGAAGCAGAGAAGGAAGAACAAUAUCAUGCAAGAGAAACUGUAGCCUUCAACUAUUUGGGCGUAAUACUAGGCUUCACAGUUCUUUCUAGCUUACUUGUAUACACGCUGAGAUUCCUAUAA